AUGCUCCCACAACAUCUGUUUCCACAACAACAUCUGCUCCCACAACAACUGUUCCCACAACAACACCUGCUCCCACAACAUCUGUUCCCACAACAACACCUGUUCCCACAACAACACUGCUCCACAACACCUGUUCCCACAACAACCCUGCUCCCACAACAAAUCUGUUCCCACAACAACAUCUGCUCCCACAACAUCUGUUCCCACAACAUCUGCUCCCACAACAACUGUUCCCACAACAUCUGUUCCCACAACAACACUGCUCCCACAACAACUGUUCCCACAACACCUGUUCCCACAACAACACCUGUUGCCACAACAACUCCCACAACGGCGGGAGGAAUCCCUGAGCCAGCCGGUCCCACCGGAUCACAGUCGGCGGAAGACCUGUUGGCGCAGUUCUCGGCACUGCAACAGGAACAGGAGGAAUUGCAGGAACAGAUAGAGGCGCAGGAAUCCGUCAUUGCGGACGCUGUGACGAUGCUUCAACUCCUGCUGGCUAGUAUUCAGCUGCUGGCGGAGAAGGAGUCUUCAAGCAACUAAUUCCGCUGAGAGGAAACUUUCACAGAUAUUCGAUUUUAUCUCAGUGAGAGACCACGCAGGACCCUAAAGAAUUUUGCAGUCCAAUCUGAUACUUCAAACAAGACGCUCUUCUGAAAUCCUCGCGCGUGAUUACAGCUGUAAUAACCAUCAAUAAAGUCCUAAGAUUAACUAAGAAAUUAACCAGUAAUAGAA